CGCGGGCUGCGGGAAUGAGGUAAAGGCGGGCGGGGCGCGCGGCAGGAAGCGGCGAGCGGAGCGCGGCGAGCGGGCCCAUGGCGGACACGGCGGAGGCACACGAGGACCACGAUACUUCUGCUGAGAAUGCAGAUGACUCUAACCAUGAUCCUCAGUUUGAGCCCAUAGUUUCUCUUCCAGAGCAAGAAAUAAAAACUCUGGAGGAGGAUGAGGAAGAGCUCUUUAAGAUGCGAGCGAAGCUCUUCAGGUUUGCAUCAGAGAAUGACCUUCCAGAAUGGAAAGAGCGGGGAACUGGUGAUGUGAAACUCCUGAAGCACAAGGAGAAGGGAACCAUUCGCCUCCUCAUGAGGAGGGAUAAAACCCUCAAAAUCUGUGCAAACCAUUACAUCACACCCCUAAUGGAGCUGAAGCCCAACGCUGGGAGCGACAGGGCGUGGGUGUGGAACACACACGCUGACUUUGCAGACGAGUGCCCCAAGCCCGAACUUCUGGCAAUCCGAUUCCUAAACGCAGAGAAUGCACAGAAAUUCAAGGCAAAAUUUGAAGAAUGCAGGAAUGAAGUAGGCAAGACAGCAAAGAAAGCAGGCACAGACAAAAAUGAUAGUGCUGAUAAAGUUGCUGAAAAACUAGAAGAGCUUUCUGUAAAGGAAGAGAGCAAAGAAUCUGAGAAGAAAGACACCAAGGAAAAAACUGAAGAAAAGCAAUAAAAUCAUCCUGGGCCUUGCAGUUUUUUCUUUACUUUUUUAUUUCUUUUUUUUUUCCUUUUUUCUUUGUUUUGGUUAUUUUUUUAAUUUUUACAAGGGACUUUAUAUGGAACUGCAUUCAACAUUCACAUUGUUUUUUCUAGGCUUUUGCCCUUUGGAAGGUGUCUUCAGAAAAAUUCAUUCCCCAGUCAUGAAAAUGUACUGUGCUAACUUUCUUUUCCAUAGUGGAAACACUUACUUACAGUCAUCCAAAAGAGUGAAUAAAACAAACUUGAAAACAGCA